GCCGGGGCAUUGUGGGUUCUCAGGACUGCGUGCGUGUGGUGACCGGCUUGCACCUCGCCUCGCUCUUUCUCACGGUUAUUCAGCUUCUUAAAGCUGGAAAAGCCAAGGAGGUCUCCUACAACGCCCUGGCCUCACUUAUCAUCUCAGAGGAUGGCGACAACCCAGAGGUGGGAGAAGCCCGGGAGGUCUUUGACUUGCCUGUUGUAAAGCCUUCCUGGGUGACGCUGUCGGUGCAGUGUGGAGCGCUCCUGCCAGUAAAUGGUUUUUCUCCAGAGUCAUGUCAGAUUUUUUUUGGAAUCACUGCCUGCCUUUCUCAGCGGUCCCCAGCGGUCCCACUGCCUGCCCUUGGCGCCUGCGGGUCUGAGGAGCUGGCCCGUCCUUCCUCUCUUCAGGCCUCUGAGACAGGAGCAGAGCAAGGCGCUUACGAGCUGGAAAGGACACAGCCUCGCCUCUUCCUCCCUCAGCCUUGCAGGCAACGAGUGUCGCCUGAGGACAGAAGCGCCCUGUGGGCUCUGCUCACGUUCCAUGGGGGCAGCUGCCAGCUGACCCUCAACAAGAAGUGCACACAUCUGAUCGUCCCGGAGCCCAAGGGGGAGAAGUACGAAUGUGCUGUGAAGAGAGCAAGUAUUCGGAUUGUCACCCCCGACUGGGUCCUGGACUGUGUGUCUGAGAAGAGCAGGAAGGACGAAGCAUUUUACCACCCUAGGCUGAUCAUCUAUGAGGAGGAGGAGGAGGAGGAGGAAGAGGAGGAGGAGGAAGAGGGAGAAAACGAGGAGCAGGACUCCCAGAAGGAGGGCAGCACUGAGAACUCGAGUCCGGCCAGUCCUCAGGAAGGCUCCCCCGCUGGCCCGCGGCUCUCCCCCAAACCCAGUGCUGAGACAGUCCAAGGGGAGUUGAUGUUUGAUGACUCCUCAGAUUCGUCCCCCGAGAAGCAGGACCGGAACUUGAACUGGACCCCAGCCGAAGUCCCUCAGAUCAGCACAGCCAAACGCAGGCUGCCUCAGGGAAAAGAGCCGGGGCUCAUUAACUUGUGUGCCAAUGUCCCGCCAGUCCCAGGCAACAUCCUGCCUCCCGAUGUUCGGGGCAGCCUGAUGGCUUCUGGACAGAACCCCCAAAGUUCUGAACGACCAGAAAUGUUGGCGGCCUGGAGCCCCGCUGUGCGGACGCUUCGGAAUAUCACCAACAACGCGGACAUUCAGCAGAUGAGCCGUCCGUCCGACGUGGCACACAUCUUACAGUCCCUUUCAGCACCCACGAAAAGCCUAGAGCAGCAGGUGGCGCAUGGCCAGCAGGGACACGCAGGUGCCAAUGCCGUGCUGUUCGGCCAGGUGAAAGGCACUCCCGAGACACACAUGCCGCAGCAGCACCAUCCGCCCCAGCAGCCACCGCAGCAACACCCAGUUCUGCACCUCCAGCCCCAGCAGAUGAUGCAGCUCCACCAGCAGCAGCAGCAGCCGCAGCCGCAGCCGCCCUACCCCCAGCAGCCUUCACAUCAGUUCCCGCAGCAGCAGCUGCACCACCACCAGUUUUCACAGCAGCUGCAGUUCCCACAGCAGCAGCUGCAUCGCCCUCAGCAGCAGCUGCAGCCGUUUCAGCAGCAGCAUGCCCUGCAGCAGCAGCUCCACCAGCUGCAGCAGCACCAGCUGCAGCAGCAGCAAUUAGCACAGCUCCAGCAGCAGCAGCAGCAGCAGCAGAACUUGCUCCAGCAGCAGCAGCUCCAACGCCUGCAGCAGCAGCAGAUGCAGAAUCAAGCAGCACACUUGAGCCAGGCAUCCCAGGUGCUGCAGCACCAGGUUCCACCCCAGCAGCCCCCGCAGCCCCCACUCCAGCAGCAGCAGCAGCAGCUUUUUGGACAUGACCCAGCGGUGGAGAUUCCAGAAGAAGGCUUCUUGCUAGGAUGUGUGUUUGCCAUUGCGGAUUACCCAGACCAGAUGUCAGAUAAGCAGCUGCUGGCCACUUGGAAGAGGAUAAUCCAGGCACAUGGUGGCAUUGUGGACCCCACGUUAACAAGCCGAUGCACGCACCUCCUCUGCGAGAGCCAAGUCAGCAGUAUGUACACACAGGCCCUGCGAGAGAGGAGACGGUGCAUCACUGCACACUGGUUAAACACAGUCUUGAAGAAGAAGAAGCUGGUGCCGCCCCACCGAGCCCUGCACUUCCCAGUGGCGUUCCCGCCAGGGGGCAAGCCCUGUUCACAGCACGUUAUCUCUGUGACUGGGUUUGCUGGUAAUGACAGAGAUGACCUGAAGUUAAUGGCAUAUUUGGCAGGUGCCAAGUACACAGGGUACCUGUGCCGCAGCAACACCGUCCUCAUCUGUAAAGAACCAAGUGGUUUGAAAUAUGAAAAGGCCAAAGAGUGGAGGAUCCCGUGUGUGAACGCUCAGUGGCUUGGAGACAUCCUGCUGGGGAACUUCGAGGCCCUGCGGCAGAUCCAGUACAGUCGAUACACAGCCUUCAACCUGCAGGAUCCCUUCGCACCCACUCAGCACUUGGUCUUAAGUCUCCUAGAUGCAUGGCGAGUCCCAGUGAAGGUGUCUGCAGAGUUGUUGAUGGGUGUAAGGUUGCCUCCCAGGUUGAAGCAGACUGAAGUCACCAACGUCCAGCCUUCUUCCAAGAGAGCCAGAAUUGAAGAUCUGCCGCCUCCCACUAAAAAGCUAAAUCCGGAAUCAACUCCUCUUGUGCUGUUCACUGGGUUUGAGCCUGCUCAGGUCCAGCAGUUCGUCAAGAAGCUCUACAUCCUGGGCGGGGAGGUUGCCGAGUCCACACAGAAGUGCACCCACCUCAUUGCCAGCAAGGUGACGCGCACCGUGAAGUUCCUGACGGCCAUCUCUGUGGUGAGGCACAUCGUGACCCCCGAGUGGCUGGAGGAGUGCUUCAAGUGUCAGAAGUUCAUCGAUGAGCAGAACUACUUUCUGCGGGACGCUGAGGCGGAAGUGCUCUUCUCCUUCAGUCUGGAGGAGUCCUUAAAGCGAGCGCAUGUGUCCCCCCUCUUCAAGGCAAAAUAUUUUUAUAUCACCCCUGGCAUCUGCCCGAGCCUGUCAACGAUGAGGGCAAUUGUAGAAUGCGCAGGAGGCAAGGUGCUAACCAAGCAGCCGUCUUUCCGGAAGCUUGUGGAACACAAACAGAACAAGAGUCUGUCAGAAAUCAUUCUAAUAUCCUGUGAAAACGACCUUCACUUAUGUCGAGAAUAUUUUGCCAGAGGAAUAGAUGUUCACAAUGCGGAGUUUGUUCUAACUGGAGUGCUCACACAGACACUGGACUAUGAGUCAUAUAAAUUUAACUGACAGCCUCUUGUCUGUUGCAAGCCUGGAGCCCGGGCACAGGGCUAGCUGUGGGCGAUGCACACACCGGGGCUUCCUGCAGAAGGUGUGUUUUCCAGCUCUGCCUUAGGGAGAGACGCUCCACCAGGAAAACAGAUGUAAUUCUUAUACUGCAUCUUAUUAAGAUGUGCGAUCUUAUUCUGAAGAAACAUAAAUUAUGUUGUGUAUUAUAUGCCUGUGAACCCUGAUUAAUUUGCCAGGUUUUUACAUGUUUUCCAGAAAACUAUGGAAUUUCAGCUACAAAUAUAGUGGUGUAAAUAAAGACCUUGCUUCUAAAUUAUGGACGCUAAAGAUUUGAAAUGUUUGUACUCUCGACUAUUUUUAUUUCUUACACUUUUCUUUUCUAUUGAUAACUUGCCCACAUUUAAAUAAAUGUACUUUUGAAC